AUGAGCAAGGUAUCAACUGAUGCACUGGGGCUUUUUGCCAUGCUCCUCGGUCAAAUGACUUCACGGACAAGCAGUGGGCUGAUCCUUGGAGAACAUUACUUUACGGGCACAGGAGCCCCUAUGUUCGACCUACGUAUCGGAGGCCAUAAGGACUGGGUUCAGGCUAAGAAGGGUUCAAGUGUACCAGCGCCCUCUCAGUUAUCGGCCCACUCGAAGGAUGGAGACCACAAUGUUCCGUGGUUGAAGCUUGGCUUCGCUGAAGGUUUGGGUAUUCGGGAAGUAUAUCGGGUACACACGUCCGGUGGACAACCGCCAACUUCUUGCAAGGGCCAGAAGGAGAGUUUUGAGGUAGAGUAUGCGGCAGAAUACUGGUUCUAUGGUUGA